AUGAACCUCACGAUUCGAACCGUGGCCUUGAGCUUGUUGAUCGCCACCCCGUCUUUCGCACCAGCAGCCGACUGGUUGCAAUUCCGCGGCACCGAUAACCGCAGCGUCGCUGCUGGCGAGGCCGUGCCUUCAAUGUGGGAUGAAGUGAAGAAUGUCGCUUGGAAGGCGGCCCUUCCCGGCGAAGGUGUCUCUAGCCCCAUCAUCGUGGGCGAUCGCGUCGUGGUCACCGCCUCCAGCGGGCCGAAUCAAGACCGUCUGCAUGUGCUGUGCUUCGACGCCGAAAGCGGCCAGGAACUGUGGCAUCGUCAGUUUUGGGCCACCGGUCGCACGCUGCACCAUCCCACCAGCAGCGUGGCCGCCAACUCGCCGGCCAGCGAUGGCGAACGAAUCUUCGCCUUUUUCUCCACCAACGAUCUGGUCGCCCUAGAUCUCGAUGGUGACUUGCUCUGGCUACGAGGGCUGACGGCCGAUUAUCCCAAGGCCGGCAACGACGUUGGCAUGGCCUCCUCUCCCGUGGUCGUCGAUUCCACCGUGAUUGCCCAAGUUGAAAACCAGGGUGACUCCUUCGUCGCCGGCAUCGAUGCCGCAACGGGUAAAACCCUUUGGAAGAUCCCCCGCCCCGAGUCUGCCAAUUGGGCCUCACCCACCGUGCUCACGGCAAAAGAUGGCGGGCAGAACCUGGUCCUGCUGCAGUGCGGUACCGAUCUCGCCGCGGUCGAACCGAGAACUGGCCGCACCGUGUGGAAGUUCGAAAACUCCUGCUCGACAAUUCCCUCCACCACGGUUGAUGGAAACGAAGUCUACGUGCCCGCCAACGGUCUCACAGCUCUUUCACUGCCCGCCAGCGGUGGCGACCCCACCAUGCUGUGGGAGUCGAACAAGCUCUCGGUCGGUUCGGCCAGUCCCGUGGUGCACGACGGCAAGAUCUACAUCGUCAAGAGAGCAGGGGUGUUGUCCUGCGGUGAUACCGCCGAAGGCGAUGUCCUCUGGCAGUUGCGUUUGAAAGGCACCUUUUGGGCCACCCCCGUGCUGGCCGACGGUCACCUGUUCCUCAUCAACCAGGACGGUUUGGCUCAAAUCGUGAAGGUCGAUGGCGAAGAAGGCGAAGUAGUCAGCGAGUACGACUUCGGCGAGCCCGUGCUUGGCUCACCCGCUGUGGCCGACGGCGCGAUCUACUUCCGCGGCGAGUCGAACCUGUGGAAAAUGGCCGGUUCAUUCUUAGUCGUGUCCGCGUCCAACUCGAUCGAAAUCCAAACCACCGGCCCCAUCCACGGCAGCAUCCGGCCUCCCGGCUCGAAGAGCAUCACCAAUCGCGCACUCAUCUGCGCAGCCCUGGCUCGGGGAACGACGACAUUAGUAGGCGCUUUAGAUAGCGACGACACCCGAGUCAUGGUGGAUGCCCUCAAGCAGUUGGGCUUCACCGUGGAUCACGAUAAGGCUGCGGCCACCAUCGCUGUCGAAGGUCGCGGCGGUCAGAUACCAGUAAGAUCGGCCGAUGUAUAUGUGGAAGCCUCUGGCACGACGAUGCGUUUCCUCACGGCGAUGCUCACCCUAGGGCAAGGCAAGUUCCGCCUCGAUGGCGUGCCCCGCAUGCGAGAGCGGCCAAUCGCCGACCUGGUCGAGGCGCUCGAACAACUGGGCGCCAACAUCAAGUACGAAGCCAACCCGGGCUGUCCGCCCCUAGUGAUUCAUGCCACCGGGUUGAAGGGCGGGGACGUAAGCAUCCGCGGCGAUAUCUCUAGCCAAUUCCUCAGUGGCCUGAUGAUGGCCGCCCCCUACGCCAAAUCACCGGUAAAAGUGAGCGUCGAGGGCGAACUCGUAUCAAAACCGUAUGUCCAGAUGACGGCAAAGGUGAUGAAUUCUUUUGAUGUGCCCAUGAAACAGUUUGCGGCGAAACCCCAAAGACACCGAAAGGAAGGGGCUGGUGAAGCUCAGAGAAUUGUGAAAGUGGGCCUUGGUGAAGCAAAUUUCAUGAAGCCUAUAAAGCUAGAAAUUCCCGCACCGAGCCGUUAUAUGGCACUCAAAUAUAAAGUCGAGCCCGACGCCUCGGCAGCGAGCUAUUUCCUGGCGGCCGCAGCCAUCACUGGGGGCUGCGUUACGGUCGAAGGUCUCUCUCGCUCGAGCAUACAGGGCGACGUCGAGUUCGCGGACGAACUAAUCAAAAUGGGCUGCGAGCUAGAACCAACUGACUCGGGCGAAGGAAUCCGCAUCCGUGGGAGGAAUCUAAAAGGCAUCGAAGCCUAUAUGAGCGACUACAGCGACACGGUGCAAACACUGGCCGCCGUGGCACUCUUCGCCGAGGGCCCAACCACCGUCACAGGCGUGCCGCACAUCCGGCUGAAGGAAACCGAUCGGAUUGCUGCCCUGGCCACCGAGCUGCGCAAGUUUGGGGCCAAAGUCGACGAGCGACCCGACGGGCUGACAAUCACGCCCCCCGCUGAACUCCGCGGAGCCGAAAUCGAAACUUACGACGAUCACCGCAUGGCAAUGAGCAUGGCCCUGGUCGGGCUCCGAGUGCCGGGCGUUGUAAUUCUCGAUCCCGGCUGCACGUCGAAGACCUAUCCCCGGUUCUUCGAAGACCUCGACCGGUUGAAGAGUGGCGCCUAA